GCAAGCGAGAGGCAGAGGGAGAGAGAGAGAGAGAGAGAGCGAGAGAGAAAGGAGGAGGCAGCGGCGGCGGGCUUGCACAGAAGCGAGACGAGGAAUUAGGUGCAGGCUCGGAGGAAUCAGGCGGCCACCAUCGGAAACCAAAGAUCACAGAAAUUAAGCCUCUUCAGUACUGCCCCUCCCCCAGGCUUCUCUGCCCAGCGGAUCAAUGAAAGAAGCCAUGCCGGUCCUUUCUGCAGAUGCAGGACUGCAUGAAACACUGGCCCUGCUGACCUCCCAGCUACGCCCAGAUGCCAACCAUAAAGAGGACCUGGUCUUCCUCAAGGAAGUCUUCAGCGAGAAGAGCCUGGGAUACCUGAUGAAGAUCCAUGAACGACUGCGACAGUAUGAGCGCCAGAGCCCGACUCCUGUACUGCACAGCGCCUCCUCUCUGGCGGAGGAUGUGGCAGAGGAGCUGCAGAGUGGACCAAUGAGCAGCGAUGAGAAGGAGCUUCUCCAGUUGCUGACCGCACCUCACCUGAAGGCCGUGCUCACAGUGCAUGACACAGUCGCCCAGAAGAACUUUGACCCCGUCCUGCCGCCACUGCCCGAUGACUUGGAUGACGAGCUGGAGGAGGAGUCAGUGAAGAUUGUUCGCCUGGUGAAGAACAAGGAGCCCCUGGGGGCAACCAUACGGCGAGAUGAAGCCACGGGCGCGGUGAUCGUGGCCCGGAUCAUGAGGGGAGGCGCCGCGGACCGUAGCGGUCUUGUACAUGUGGGAGAUGAGCUUCGGGAAGUAAAUGGAAUCCUCAUCAUCCACAAAAGACCCGAUGAAAUCAGCCAGCUUCUGUCACAAUCACAAGGAUCAAUUACCCUCAAAAUUAUCCCUGCUCUGAAGGAGGAGGACAGACUGAGGGAGAGCAAGGUGUACAUGAGAGCCCUGUUUGACUACAUCCCCUCUGAAGACAAAGCCACGCCCUGCCAGGAGGCGGGGCUUCCCUUCAAGCGCGGGGACAUCCUGCAGGUGGUCAGUCAGGACGACGCCACCUGGUGGCAGGCCAAACGGGUUGGGGACAGUAACCUGCGUGCUGGACUCAUCCCGUCCAAACACUUCCAGGAGAAACGGUUGGCCUACAGGAUGAAAAUGGGCACGCUUCAUAACCCCAACUCCCCUAAAGAACCAGUUUAUGACCAGGGUUGUGACAAAGAGGACUGUGACUGUGAGGGCUAUUUCAAUGGACAGUAUAUAGUUUCUCCAAAGUGUAAGCCAGUUGCGCCUUCCUGUGGCCAAGCAUUUUCCUGGGAGUUUUACACAGCUGGACUUCGCAGAAGCUUUCGCCUGAGUCGCAAGGACCGGCAGGGGUCCCCCGGAGAGCCCCGUACCCCCGAGCCGAAGGAGCCAGAGUUCCUGACCUACGAGGAGGUGACGCGGUAUCAGCCACGCUCCAGCGAAAGGCCCCGUCUGGUGGUGAUGAUCGGAUCCCUGGGUGCCCGGAUCAAUGAGCUGAAGCAGCGGGUGAUUGCAGAGAACCCCCAGCGCUACGGGGUGGCCGUGCCACACACCACCAGGCCUAAGAAGAGCCAUGAGAAAGAAGGAGUGGAGUACCACUUUGUCUCCAAACAGGCAUUUGAAGCUGAUGCACAGAACAACAAAUUCAUUGAGCAUGGGGAGUACAAGGAGAACCAGUAUGGCACCAGUCUUGAGGCCAUACGCAGUGUGCUGGCCAGAAAUAAGCUCUGUCUUGUGGAUGUGCAGCCAGAGGCACUGAAGACCCUGCGCACUGCCGAGUUCAAGCCUUACGUGAUCUUCGUGAAGCCCCGGGUCCCCGAGAGCCGACGGCGACGCAGUGCCGCCACCUCCCCAGGGGGCGGGGACCACGGCCGCAUCACGGAUGAGGACCUCCAAGAGAUGCGUCAGUCAGCGCAGCUGAUCGACCAGCAGUACGGUCAUUUGGUGGACCGGAUCCUGGUGAAGGAGGAUGCAGCGACCGCCUGCACUGAGCUGCGGAACAUUCUGGAACGACUGGAGCGGGAGGCCCAGUGGGUCCCUGUCAGCUGGGUGAGGACCUAGCCCCCUGCCGACACGCCUGGGUUUGUGCACUGACGCCUUCCUCCGACCCUGCUUAAAGCAACCGCCCUCCACCUCUGUCCUGCUCCCUGUGUAUACCUAACCUCCAUUACCUUCAAACCAACAAAGGACAAGCCAACCGAAGGUGAGCAGAAAGCAGGUGACACAGCCCAGGAGUGGAAUUCGGAACAACUUUGGGCGAUCACAUUACUCCAGGGAUCUGGUGGAACAAAGAUUGAAAGUGUUGAAGGUUAGCAGUGGAGGUUACCGUUCAUUGGUUGUUCUCGGUUCUCAAAAAGAGCAAGCAGGGUUCGGACAAUGGGUGCAAAGCUGUUGGUGACACUGAUAGCCAAAGUAACAACCUGGUGCGUGGGCCAGGGAUUUGUACCAACAUUUACAUGACAAUGAUAUCACAGCUUUCCCUUUGUUUUAAAUAAUUUGACAGGUUCCAGAUCUUUUUUUCUCGUUUCAUAGUGUGACCACUGCAAUGCUAUGCCCAUCUGUUUGCUCUCCUCACAGCCCGAUUGGGGUGAGCCAUGAACUGAUGCAUUCUUUGCUACAUGAAAUGGGUUGCCACGGUGUGUAAAUUUUCCGUGCAUGCUUUGGCAUGCUGGCAGUGCCGCCACCCACCUUUUUUCUCUCGCUGACCGAUACCAUUGGGCUGUCAAGCCCUGGACUGCCAGAGUAUGGACCAAAAUCACCUGUGUCUCCGUUGUGUUUGUCAGACGUCAAAUAAACAUGCAUAGUGUUGGUGUGACUGAGUUAAAGGGAUCUUGAAGGACACCAAGGACCUUUCAGUGGGGCUUCAGUUUAGCAUCAAUGACAGCUCUUUUCCUGUAAUGAAAACUCGAUGUGACCACAUGGUGCUCCCCAGUCUUAAGACCACCUCAGGGGGAAAGUCUUUCUGGGACAGGCAUAUCUCUGUGUGAAAUGUGUUCCUCAAAGGUCAAGCUGUCACUUCAGGACAUUCAAUGUAUGUUAUCCAUCCUGAUUAAAUGUAUGUGAUGAUUCAAAUGGGACAGUUUAGAAAAUGCUGUAUUGAAGUUGACAUGGACUUCAAUAUUGAACCUUGUGAAUGUUUAGGCGGGAUUUACCUUGACUGUUCAGUGAUGUGGAACAUUUGAGGUGUUUUUCAAGUGCAUGACAACCUGUCAGCUAGGAUUUACUUGUUUAAACUUGACGAUGGGCAUCAGGUUUUAAAUGAAUCAAUAUGCAUUGAUUUUGCUUCGAGGCACCUUUUGAUAAUGUUUCUCAAGCUGUUAUAUUACAUUACAUUUACUGACAUUCCUAAGAAUACAUCGUAAUCGGUUACAUGACCAACUUUAACUCAAACGUAAAUAUACGAAUACCUGUUUGUGGAGAUACCUGAUUCAACUGCAAAUAUUUUAGCCUUUGACCCAAAGAUUGGUUUCUGUGCAGAUACGUUUUGGUGUGUGCAUGGGUGUUAUAUACACAUAAACAUGCUCAACAUAUCCUUUGAUGUGAAAAUCUGAAUACAUAAGAAAGUUAGGGUCUGUAAGAGUCUGUCUUGUCUUCUCAGACAUAUGCAGCUUGGAUACAACUGUGCAACAACCCAAAGAGGGUGAAUAACCCUUAGAUCAAGAUGUUCUGCAGCAUUACAUAUUGCUUUGCUGUUUUAAGACAGGAGAACCCGUUCCAAUUUGGUACACCAACUGCAGUGUAAUGAUAAUGCGAUGAACACGUUCUGUUUGGUGCAAAAAUCAGUCCACAAUUACAAGUAGGGCUGAACUGUACAUAGAAACAUUGUGUUUAAUCUUGGUCCAAUGUCCAUGGUAAGCGGAAUUAUCGUAUUCUACACCAGGCAAAGCAAUCUUACCAGAUUAGUUUUUUGAUUUUUCAAAUCAUGUUCUUAUGAGUGUCCAGUCCCAAGUUUUAUCUAAAAGGCAUGCAACAAUAACUUACACAAUGUUUUCUUUCUUUGAGAACAGUUAGCAUAUGUUAUUUUGUAUCUAAGAUAUCCCAAGUGAUUCUAUAGUCAUUCUCACCAUGAACUUGGUGGGCUUUCUGUGGAAUUGCGUUUGAUUCCUCUGAGGGAAAAGACAAAAUUUCAGCUUGCAACCACAAGCGGUGAUUAUGAAACAACAAAGUAUUCUUUAAUUGUCUAGCAUGCAAAAUCUCUUUCCUUAGAAAACCAGGCAUUAGAGGUUCCAAGAAGCAAUCUCACUGUAGUUAUACCGGAAGAUGCUAAGGCUCCUGUCCAAGGGAUUGAACAGAGCUAAGCUGUUUCUGCAAGCACAACAGUUAUGCAUGAUCACAAUGGCAUAACAAGAAACAGCUGGCUGCUUUACUUUUUGUGGUCAUAUCACGAAUGGAAAUUCCCAAGAAGGUUUUCCUCUAUUGUGCUGGUUUUACAUUCUGGGAGAUGAGUCUUUCCCAAUUUAACCAUGGGCUGUGUAUUUUUCAAGAUGUAAAAUUCUACAUCGAAUUUCCUUGGUAUUUAAAUAUUUUAACUGACAUCAUGAUUUUGUUUCAAAUAAGUUUAUUCACGCAAGAUUAUCUUGAAAUAUUAAUCUUGCUUAAGAAGAAUGGGAGAUGCAUACAAAACCUUCAGAAAAUGUAUGUCAUGCACUUAUGUUCUAAGUCUUGCAAUAAAAAAAAAUCUGUGUAGUAGUAA